AUGGAUGAAAGAUUUAAUAAACUAAUAAAAAAAUUAAAAAAGAAAGAAAAGAAUAAUAUGAAGUAUAAUAAAGAAAAAAACUUUAUAUUUCAUGCAAUAGAAAAUAAUGAACCUUUCAAUGAAAGAAUUUUUAAUUUUGAUAAUAUAAUGUAUGUUAAUAAAAAAAAAAAUAGUAGAGAGGUAAAAAAUUAUAUUGAUGAAUACAAACUUGUUUAUAAUAAUUUUGAAUAUAAUAUAAAUAUGUAUUUUAAUAAAUAUGUUGAGGAUAUUAUAAAUUCUUCAAUAAUUCAAAGAUCAGAAUUAAAAAUUCCUAAAAGGAAAAUGAAAAAUACAAAUUAUAAAAAAAGCAAUAUAAUGGGGAACCUAUUAAAUUAUGAAUAUGUUCAAUAUCAUAAUUUUUAUAAAAGUGAAAAUGAGGAGAAAUAUUUUAAGCCAAUGAAAAUUAACAAUGACGAAGAUUUUAUAGAUUUAUCCAUGAGUUCAGAUGACGGUGGAGAUUAUACACACAAGUACAUGUAUGAUAUAACAAAACAAUUUAUAUAA